AUAUGUAUUAUACAUAAAAAGAAAAUGCUCAAUAAAGUGUAAGAUCCAAACUUAAUUAGCCGUGGAGAGGGAUGUGCGUUUACCACCAGAAUUUAUCAGAAUCUAAUAGCAGCAGCAGUAUCUAUGCGAGUUGGUAACAAUUGCCAUUAUUUACGGACAACACCAACAAAACAAGCACGAAAAAGCAGAUUGCACAUGAACGCAGGAAAAAAUGCAUCAAAUAUAAAUAAUGUGUAGCGUCCACAAAAAUAGAACUUAACAAUGGGUGGUCUUAUUUAUUUAGGGCUACGAAUCUACGAACGACAAAGCACAACAAAGCAAAGUAAAAGGGAAACACGCCGUAUGUAAAAUACUUACAAAUAAACGAGAUUACGAAUACUAAAGGCUAGUGCGAAUUGAUAGAAAUUUAAGCCAACGUCUAAAUGUAUAAUUAUGUACGUGCCAAAUGCAGAGAACGGUCAUAAGACAAAUGUUAAUGUGCUUUAAUUAAAUUAUGAAAGAAAUGACGCGUGAGUAUUAUUGUCGUAGACUUUCUUCUUUUCACGAAUGCCGUUUAUGAUAGCAGCCGUGGUAGGAGUGUUGAGCUUUUGUUGGCGUUGUUUAUGUAUUGAUUAGUGGCAACGGAAAUUGCACCUCUACCGGCACAGUCUUGUUCAUCUAUAAUGAACAAUGCAAUGAACCAGGAAUUAGAGUAGAAGUUGUGGACAAAUACAAUCAUUUCAGGGAUUGUACAAUUAAUCAGUGUUAGACAAAUCAGAGAGAUAACGGGACAGAAUAUCUACGUAACGGGAGUAUGCGUGUUAAAGUCAGCUCAAGAGCAUAGUUACAAGGGCCUUUGAAUCACUUGAAAAUAUAUCAUAUUCAUCAUAUCGCGGACGUGUUUGAACACACUUAGCAAACGAGGGCAAAUCAUGGCAUCUCUGCGUCUGAUAAAUAGCUUUGUAUGUUAUAGAUUAGUACUGCGUGCAUUCAUAUCACUAUCGUUACUGCUGAUUUUCUUCAACGAAUUUAUUAUAUACUACAUUAGUCAAACCGCGUGGCAACAGAUUGAUUGUAAAUAUGAUAACUGUACCCGCAUAUUAUUUGUGGCUGAUCCACAAUUAAUAGGUAAUUCUUAUGAGAAGGGCUUCUGGAGCCCCAUAUCGCGAUACGAUGCAGAUAGAUACUUGCGAAAGACUUUCGAGCGAUCCCUGCAGUUUACUCAACCACAUGUUAUUUGUUUCCUGGGUGAUCUUUUGGACGAGGGUAGCAUUGCUACGCAGCAAGAUUUCAAAGGUUACGUCAAACGUUUUCAGCGCAUUUACAAAACUAACACUGAUAUACGAUUUAAAUUUAUAUCUCCAUAUACGCAGCGCAUUCAUGUGCCGGGUGAUAAUGACAUUGGCGGUGAGGAUGGUGAAUAUAUUUCAAAUUCGAAUGUGCGCCGUUUCGAAGAGGCAUUUCAAAGUGAGGACCUGUUUGAUUACGAGAAUAUGCUACGAUUCUUCAAAAUCAAUCGGAUGAUGCUUGACUUCACGAAUCCAGAUCGCGAGCACAACGGACAACGGCUGCGCAUUGGUAUCUCUCAUGCACCAAUUCUAAUUGGGGGUGGACCACUGUUGCGUUCAGUACUUAGCGAAUUAGACCCUCACGUAAUAUUCUCUGGUCAUUGGCAUGAAUCCAGAAUUUUUAUACAUCCAUCGACACAUGUGGUGAAUUUCUAUGAGUCAACUGUGCGGCACUUCGAUCUGCGCGCUCUAAAAGAAAAAGAGCAUGAAUACUUGGAGAUUAUGGUGCCGACAGCUUCAUACCGCAUGGGUAAAAUGAAGAUGGGACUUGGAUAUGCAGUGCUAGAGAACCAUCAGCUUAGUUACACAGUGCUCUGGCUGCCCAGCCGGUUCAUCUACUUAUUUUUGUACUUGUUUUGGCUGCUUCUGUCAUUGUGUGGUUUCAUUGUGUUUAGAAUGAUGACGCGAUGCCCUUUUCGUGUAGCCAAACGUCAAUCGCCAUACAGCCGAAUUUCAAGCAUACCUCAAUUUUAGAAUAUUUUAACAUAAAUAUAUAUGUAUAAUGUAGACACAGUUAACCGUAUAUGCAGUUUUUGAGAACUAUACUAAACAAUGUAUGUCAAAAAAAAUAAGCAGAUUUUAAUAUUAUACUUUAGUUAAUAGUAACAUAUACCUUUGUAGUUCAAGAUAAUUAAAUUUACCAUAAUUUAUUUUACAAUAAUAUUCGUUGAAAAUGAAUGUGUUAUAAGAUAAAGUAAAAGUGAUGUAUUAGUACAACAAUAAAGUGGAAACACCGUAUUGUUGGUGUUUCUAUGAACUCGCAA